UUCUGUCCUCAAGAGUCAGCGCUUCCCACUCAAAAACACACACACCACUCUCUCUCUCUCUCUCUCUCUCUCUCCUUUUUCCUCUGCCUUUUGGAUUCGGGAACUCAAAUUCUGACACCUCCAACAACAAGAAGUUAUCAUCUCUCUCUCUCUCUCUCUCUCUCUCUGUGUAGUCUGUACAGUGUGUUAUUAUCAUCCGAAUCCAUCAACCUCACCACCUUCAUCUCCCAUAUCCAAUAAUGGAGGAUCUUCCACAAGGUUAUCGUCCCAACGUUGGAGUCUGUCUCAUCAACUCCCAUAAUCAGAUAUUCGUAGCUUCAAGAUUGAAUGUUCCAGGAGCAUGGCAAAUGCCUCAGGGGGGAAUUGAAGACGGUGAAGAGCCCAAAUCGGCUGCCAUUAGGGAGCUUCGAGAAGAAACUGGAAUAGCUUCUGCUGAGAUAAUUGCUGAGGUUCCGAAAUGGUUGACUUAUGAUUUCCCUCCUCCUGUGAAGACUAAAGUCAACCGUCUCUGGGGUGGUGAAUGGCAUGGACAGGCACAAAAAUGGUUUCUCAUGCAACUAAGAGAUGAUGAUACUUCUUCACCACUGAAAUACAAUACAUUCAUGGAUAUCUUUCACUUUGAACAGGCAGUAGACUACAAGAGACCAACCUAUGAAGAAGUUAUGAGAACCUUUAAGCCUUACUUCCAAGGGAGUGCAAUAUCUGCCAAGUGCAAAUCGGCGAAAUGGUGAACGUUAUGGAUUCAAAAUGUAGUUCAAUCCAUUUUCUUCACUAAUUUUCACUUACUACUGAGUUUGGAAUACCACUGCCACUAUUUGUAAAUGGAUGCUAGGUAGAAAGCUGCUCAUUAGGUGCUACUACUUUUUGUAAUAAUAAAGAUAAAUAGAUGUAUAAGGUGUAUGUGGCUAUGUGCAAAAUUUACCUAGUUUUCUUUACUGAGAAGUUGAUUGUGGUUUGUGGAUGUGUAUAGAAGUGUCAACUAAGUGGGAGGGGAAGCAUAUAUGGUGCUGCAGAAUAGAUGAACAAUAUGAUUAGUGAAUGUUAAAGCGUUUUUUGGGAGCCUUUAUUUUGUAAGACUGACUGCAGCUAUUUGCUACUGAAAGAGAGAUCAUAGUUCUGCUAGAUAACAUUUGGCCAAAAUUGGGAGCCAGAUGAAAUUAAUGAAACUAGGAAAAUUCUGUGGUGCCAUGAGAGGCUCUCAGUUCUUGAGAUUUGAUUUGGAAUUUAUCAAAUGGUAUUUUCAAAGUUUGUUAUUGUU